GUGCAGUACUUAUCUUAGUAUUAGCCGGAGUUUGGUAUGUAAUUCAAGCCGUUAAACAACAACUCAUCCAAGAAAUCCAGACUCGUGAUGCUCGAUUUACUGCUGAACUCGCUACACGUGAUGAUAAGCUUGCUGAGGAGGGUCAAAUAAUCUUGACGUUACUUAACACUUCAACCACAAGACACGAUGAAAUCGAACAA